GGUUCGAGUCGGUGGUCCGUCGUUCAAAUAUUUCCGGUCUUCCUUCUGGCGAGGCGGAAGUAGUUUUGAUGGGCUUCAGUAAAUCUUUCUGUAUUUGAACCGAAUGUUGUGAAUCGUCGACAUUGGAAUGUACCUGAUCACUAAUUUAGUGGAUUAAAACAUCAUCCGUGGAAUCUUCGUGUCCGGUUGGGGUCGUUUCGUGCACAUUGAAUAUUGUCGGUCUAGUUCAGCCUAGCUUGCUAACAAAGAGAGACGAUCGACAUUACGCGAAGCAGAGAUCAAGUGUCAGUGAUUGGUGUGUGAAAAUGUGUACAAGAAGCCCAGCAGAGAAGGAGGAAGAACAUUGGGGCCCGAAAGAGGAAAAGAAGCCACAAUGUCAACUACUGGACACUGUGUUUGAUCUGCAGCCUCGAACUGUGCUACGCAGAGCAGAUAUCAGUGAAUAUCUUCAUCCAGAGCGGCAGCAGUCAGUAUCCAGUCACAUCAAAGAAGACGAGGAGGGUGAAGGGGUUCAAUCCAUUAAAGAAGAGGAGAUAGAAAUCCUCCUUGUGAAAGAGGAAGAGCAGCAGGAAAUCAUCCAGGUUCGAGCCACUAAUGUCCAGUGGAAGAGUGAAGAUGGUCAAAGUGAGAAGAGACGAGGGGCGGAGCCUUCAAGCAGGAACAGCUCAAGUGAUGGAGACCAUUGUGAAGGAUCACAAACAGAUGGACAUGAUGAUGAACACUCUGAAGAUGUCAGUGAAUAUCUUCAUCCAAGCUGCCAGCAGUCAGUGUCUUGUCACAUCAACGAGGAAGAGGAGGUUGAAGAGGUUCAACACGUCAAAGACGAGAAGAAGGAAAUCUUACACAUGAAAGAGGAAGUUGAGGAGGAAAUCAUCCAGCUUCCAUUCACUGGUGUUCAUUUGAAGAAUGAAUAUGGUCAAUGUGAGGACAGACAAGGGCCGGAGCCUCCAAACAGGAACAGCUCAAGUGGUGGAGACCAUGAAGGAUCACAAAUAGACGGUCUUGAUGAUGAUGAUGAUGAACAGUCAGAAGGUGAUAGGACAUGUCACACUUCUAACAAAUGCUGGAAAUGUUGUCAGUGUGGGAAAACUUUCAUUUCUAAGGGCAAUUUAAAACAACACAUGAAAAUACACACAGGAGAGAAGCCAUUUACAUGCUCGGUUUGUUGCCAAAGAUUCACUCGGAAGGAACACUUAAAAAUACACACAAGAAUACACACUGGUGUGAAACCCUUUUCAUGUCCAGUUUGUGAUAAAAGAUUCACUGAGAACGGAAAUUUAAAAAUACACACAAGAACACACACUGGUGAGAAACCUUUUUCCUGCUCAGUUUGUGGUAAAAGAUUCCCCCGGAAGGGAACCUUAAAAACACACACAAGAACGCAUACUGGUGAGAAACCUUUUUCCUGUUCAGUUUGUAGUCAAAGAUUCUCACAGCAGGGAACCUUACAAAAACACACAAAAACGCACACUGGUGAGAAACCUUUUUCCUGUUUAGUUUGUGCUCAAAGAUUCUCUCAGAAGGAAAGCUUAAAGGCCCACUGUCAUGAAAUGCAUGAUUUUUAGUACGUUGUUAUUGGGGGGGAAAAAAAAGGCAGCCGGAAUGGACCCAUCCGUUUUUUCACCACAAAACAUGAUUUGGAGGUAUAUGGCUUUUUGUAACUCCCGCCAUGAAAAUCCUCUCAAGGAAUUGUUUUGGAGAAGAAGCAGGAAGUGCCGUUAAUAGCAGCAGCGCACUCAGACUGGCUCGUAUGUUUAUAAUAGUUUUACCUGUUGAAAGGUAGGUCUUUCUUCCUUCGUUGUUGCCAAAAUGCCGGCUGGUUGUAUUGGUGAAUAUUGUUCGAACACUCGGGAGGAGGGAUUUAAUAUUCAUACUUUUCAAAAAGAUUUGGUUCGUCGUGAAAUUUUAUUGGUCGAUGUCGUGCUGGGGAUCUCGCCCUGUUGUGAAUAAUAGAUACUGUAAACUGAUCUGGCUUUUUUCUUUAGGGGGGGGCAUGAUGCAUUGAAUUAGUAAGAUGCCUUUCAUAAAAAUGUCUGCAUUGUUUUGGUGAUGACUGACAUUUUUGGGACAUGAAGCCACAUUUCUUUGGGGAGCCAUGCAAGGAAGUAAAUCGCCUGCCGUGUGUCAUUUUUAGGGUGACAUCCUUUUACAUCCCAAUUCAUAAAUUUAUUUUGUUAUUGAUGUUUUUUUGAAGCACAAUAAAUUUGAGAGAACAUAA